CUUUCUAACAUGCACCCCACGUUCCCUUCAUCCCUCUACUAACAACCAUUUUUUCAUCUUUCCAAGCGCAUUGGCUUUCUCUCCCUCCAUUUUCAUCUGUAAUUGGAAACAAAACAAUAAUAUUAAUCUCCAUUCCGAUUCACCAUUAUUUUGUUACUUUUUCUGUUUUUGUUCGAUUCAUCUUGAUUUCCUGCUCGAAUUUGGCAAUAGUUCGAGCACUUCAGGAAGGAAUGGAAGAUGAUAGAGCAGACGUGAAUCCGGAUUCAAUUCCGGAACUUGAGAUGAUAUAUGCCGACAUGGAAUUGAUGAAGGAGAGGUUCGCGAAGUUGCUAUUAGGCGAGGAUAUGUCAGGUGGAGGAAAAGGUGUUUCCUCGGCUUUGGCAUUGUCGAAUGCCAUCACGAAUCUAGCAGCUUCUGUAUUUGGUGAAAUAUCGCGUUUAGAACCAAUGCCCCCUGAUAGUAAAGCAAGGUGGCGGAAAGAAAUCGAUUGGAUGUUAUCCGUCACCGAUCACAUAGUUGAAUUUGUGCCUUCGAAGCAAAAUACUAAUGGCAUAAUGAUGGAGAUAAUGGUUACAAGGCAACGAAGUGAUGUGCACACCAAUAUUCCUGCCCUAAAGAAGCUUGAUGCCAUGCUCAUGGAAUGUUUAGAUAAUUUUAAAGAUCAGAAUGAAUUUACUUAUGCAUCAAAAGACGAUGCUGGAGCAAAAUCACAGAAGAAAAGGGAAGAAGAGAAAUGGUGGUUGCCUACUCCAAAGGUUCCCCCAAAUGGUUUAUCUGAUGUCACAAGAAAAUGGUUGCAGUUUCAGAAAGACUCAGUGAACCAAGUACUUAAAGCAGCCAUGGCUAUGAACUCUCACACGCUUACCGAAAUGGAAAUCCCAGAAAGUUACAUUGAUGGUCUCCCCAAGAAUGGAAGGGCAAGUUUGGGAGACACGAUUUAUAAAAAUAUAACGGUUGAUCACUUUGAUCCGGACCAUUUUCUUUCAGCCAUGGAUUUAUCUUCAGAGCAUAAAAUUCUUGAUCUGAAGAACAGAAUUGAGGCUUCUGUUGUGAUAUGGAGGAGAAAGAUGACAAAUAAAGAUGGAAAAUCUGGAUGGGGUUCAGGUGUUAGUAUUGAGAAAAGAGAACAGUUUGAAGAUAGAGCAGAAACAAUAUUACUAAUACUCAAACAUCGUUACCCUGGUAUUCCUCAAUCUGCACUAGAUGUCAGCAAAAUCGAAAACAAUCGAGAUGUGGGACAUGCGGUUCUGGAGAGCUAUUCAAGAAUACUGGAAAGUUUAGCACACAAAGUAAUGUCACGAAUUGAAGAUGUUAUGCAUGCAGAUAAUCUUGCACAAAAUCCAUCAGGUGAUCCAAAAAGAAACCCUCUAAAAGAUUCAGCAUCAAUGGCAUCCGGAAAAUUCCCAAGUGCAAAAGAAGAGUUAGAAAAACUCAAUCUUUCAGAUGCUCCAACCUCAAUGACGUUAUCAGAUUUCAUGGGAUGGACUUUAGACAACGAAAAAGAAUCAAAACAAGAAUUGUCAAAUGGCACAGAAACAACAACAGAACAAUUGGCAAAACAACCUUCCGCUACAAAUAGCAAGAAGCUUUCGUAUCUAGAGAAACUUGAUACUUUAGGCGGAAGAAGUCCAUCAGCACGCCAGUAAUUAACUGACUAACGGGAAUUGAAAAUUAGAGGAGUAAAAGUUAAAAAAAAAAAAAAA